AUGGCGUAUCAACGAGUCUCUGCGCGUACACGCGGCGGUAAAGGUGAAGACGUACACGGUGAAUUGUCAAGUCCCAAUUCCCUAGUCCACGACCAACCCUCAACACCCACAUCCUUUUACCCGGAUAACAUGGCUGAUGAAAUUCUACCACUUAAUUCCACCGAAAACAUGCAUAGUCUUGCAUCCACCUUUCCUUCUCACUCUACAAAAGUAUCGAUGACCAGCCUGUCCGACUCAUUGCCGGACGCCCAAGAGUUUACGUAUUCCACAAACAUGGACGUGAUGGAUCUGCAAGUCGAUGAACCACUGCUGCCGUAUACGGUGCCAUCUACACCCAACGCCAACUCUAGUGUGGAUGACCGUAGUGGCCCAACUGAGAGUCCCCUUAUCGAUAGCGACUAUAGCGUUCCGGUCAACGAUAUACGCAACCUAUUCCGUUGCAACACGUGCAAGAUUGUUACACCGGACGUAGGUUUAUGGUCCAGCUGUACCACCAACGUGUGUCGUGCGUGCUCUAAGACACUAGUGCUUACCAACAACCAGUGUACCAACUGCUCUGAUCUGGACUGCCAUAUUGUAUACGAAUCACCCCUGGCAGCCAAACUAAUUGCGCUCCUGGACCGUACGUGUAGCCAAUGCAAUGUGACUACGAACCCAAUUGUCGAGUUGAACCACGUGUGCGUAUACGACUGCGCCAGUCUCCACUGCAUCCCCGGAGAGUAUGAGAUUGAGGUUGCUACAAAGGGUGAGUGUACAAUUGAUGACUCUGAUAUGCCGAGGUCGGAUGUGCUUGUAGGUGCAGCCGUUCGUCUUAGUGGACACGUGUACACUAUAAUAGCACACGCUACAGACCAGGAAUAUGUAAUACUGGAACAGCAGGACUCAAAGGUACGGUUCAAGAUGCACGUACACUCAGCUUUGCACUUGUACUACAAUACUAGAGUCGUGUCGAAAACCCCCAACCCCAAGAAAGACAGUCGCCGCAAAAAACGGCCAUCCAAGUCCGUGGUAACAAUGGCUCCAGGUGCAGAUGCACAUCAACAGCAGCCAACCCGUACACACUCUUCAGACAGCAGUGGACCCGAUAAUAAAAGGCUCGCUAAGCCACGCACUCGGUUCCGUACUAUUCCGCUACUUAAACAGACCAAGCUACAUAGGGCUGUUACCGGAUGCCGUCUGUCUGAAGAGGCCAUCAAUGCUAUACACGAGCCCACUCCCGGCUAUGUGUGGCGUGUCGAAGCACCAGAGCAGAGAGGUGAUACGAUUCGGUACAGGGCAAUUAUGAUGUCUAUUGAUGACAACAAGCCCCUCCCACAUCAUCGUUCGUUGAACAUUGUCGGUUUUGGCCCUAGUUCCUAUAUCCCCAGCAGCAAAUACAAAAAGUCCGUGUCGACCCGUGACCUCUAA